UUUGAUGUAUUAUAUAAUUUCUCUCCACUCACAGCUCCAUCCGGUGAAGCACAGCAACCACAAGAUUGUCGGACCACCCUCUUCCUGCCACUUCAAAACGAAAAGAAGCUCCUGGAUUCUCUCUCUUUAUCACUAUGUUCUUUCUCACUCACAGUUAUCACUCUAUCUUCUUCUACUUCACUACUCCUACUGGCAUGAACUCAUAGAACACAAUUAGAUUUCAGCUAUGGCUUGUAUUUGUUAAGACAACUAUGUCGAAGGUGUGUUCAGAUGGAGAUGGCUAUCCUAGCAACUGGGCUCGUAAGUGCGACACAUGUCAUGCAGAAACCUGCACUCUCUACUGCCAUACUCACUCAGCUUACUUCUGUAACAGUUGUGAUGCGUACAUCCACGAAGCAAAUCCCUUAGCUUCGCAGCAUGAGCGUGUCUGGAUUUGCACUGUUUGUGAAAAUGCUCCAGCUGCUUUUACUUGUCAGGCUGAUGAAGCAAAUCUAUGCAUCAACUGUGACAAUGAAAUACACUUGGCCAAUCCAUUGGCUCGCCGCCAUAACAGGGUCCCAGUACUUCCCAUCUCUUCUACAGUUAACACGUCCUCAACUACUUGCAAGGAGGAGUUUCGGGAGCCGAUGUUGAACAGUACAGAAAAUGAAGUCACGGCAAACAAGUUUAGAGAAGAAUUAUUAGAAGAGGAAGAAACAGAUUCUUGGUUGCUACUUGAUCUUGAUGAUAAUGAUAACCUGACUAACAGUGGAUUUACAAAUGGUAACGAUGGUGAUGAGUAUUUGGAUCUUAUUGAAUAUAAUUUGUGUAGUGAGUAUCAGUACCAAGACCACAAUGAUCAGCAGCAACUAUCUGGUGUUCAUCAAGGAGAUAGUGGGAGUGAUAGUGUUGUUCCAGUUCAAUCUUUUGUAGCAAAGGAACAACAAGAACUUCAGCUACAACAACAGCAGAAUAUUUUGGUUGAAAGCUGGUAUGAAUCCUCUAAAGCUGCUUUCUUCAACACUACUGCAACUAGUCAGAAUGUCACUGUGCCUUUUACGAAUGCUGGAUAUUUACUGACAACAAGCAGCAUCCCAAAUUCAUAUUCUCGAUUUCCAAAUGGAAGCACUGAUCUCCUUCCAAGUCCUUCACUGUUGAUGCCACUGCAAUUUACACAAACAAAUAGAGAAGCAAGAGUCCAAAGAUUUAGAGAGAAAAGGAAAUCAAGGAAAUUUGAGAAGAAAAUAAGAUAUGCCACUAGAAAGGCUAAUGCAGAGAAUAGACCAAGAGUCAAGGGUCGAUUUGUAAGGAAAAAAGAUAUGGAGUUUGAAGUAAGAGAAGAUCAUGGCUAUGGAAUUGUUCCAUCAUACCAAAUAGGAUAAGGGAUAGAAACUGAGUUAUUUGAUUUUAGUGCAGUUCUUGCUAAUGCUGUUUUUAUUUUUCUUCAACUUAAGAAGUUGGCUAAAGUAAAAUAAAACUCAUUGUUCUCUGAGCAUAUCAGUAUCUAUUGAAUUGGAUAUAUAGCUUUUGUC